UGAUCACUGACUACCUAAACAUUUCAGCAACCCCCUUGCAGAUCACACCUUUGAACUUCGUAGAGACAGAUGGUAUAGACUUGGUUACGAUAAAACAGUCCAUCAUACCUGUUAAAGUGCCUCAACAAUAACAAUGGACAUGGCUCCGUCCAUCAUUCCCGAACCACAUCGUCCAUCUUCCACCACCAGAACAGAAAAUAACCUUCAUAACCCUCUUCCCUUGUCGGCAUCUCAAGAAUCCGAAGUGCGGAAACUUUACUAUGCUCGUGUGAGGGCAAGAUGUGCAGACGAGAUUAAACAAUUCGCCGACUGCGCACGAGGAAAAACGUUCAGCGUGGCUUGGACCUGUCGAACCGAACACCGUGCGAUGAACAGCUGUAUGAUCCAAUGGGCGACGAAAGCCGAAGAAGAUGCCGCCCGAGAAGAAUGGUUCGCCGGUGUGCUGGAACGGAAACGGAAACGCGAGGAAGAGCUUGCCGCCGUCGAAAAAAGGAGAAUAGAAGUCAUCGAGAUGACCAAGAGACAAGAAGAAAAGGAGCGGAUCGAGAUGGAAAAAAAGAAGCUCGCAGAACAACAAGAGAAGAAUAAACAGGAGAAAAAGAGCGGAGGGUCUUGGUGGCGGUGACCUUUUUCGUUUCGGCUUUUUUUGUAUAUCACGGACAACGAGCCGGAUCCUGAGUUCCAAGAUUUGGGCUGUGCCAGAGUUUGUUGCACACGCGAUGCCCUCAGACCCAUCGUUGACUCCUCGGAAUAAAAGCGACAUGCGGCCACGCGCCCUCGCCGUUCCCAGCCGGACGACCGCCGUUAUGAACGACAGCCACUUCUUGUACCAACAAAUCUCCCCUCUCAGCUCCAUAAAUUGACGACCUCCAUCCGAUCAAAACGACUGUCUCGCUCCAAGCCGACUUCACGCAUACUCCACCACCAUUGGGGGGACAAUAGCCAAGGUCGACAUCUACCUCCCAAACUCGGCGACUUCCAUGCACCUUUUUGCGUUCGCUUCACACGAUGCCAUGGCGGGCGCUCUUUCGAACUAGACAUUGUGUUUGUCGGUGACCGCUUGUCUUACAAGAUGUUUCUUCUCUUGUCGUUUGGCGUACAGAGCAUAUCCCGCCACAAGCCAGACGAUGCAAUUUGCGAAGGCGAUCAGAAACUCGAGAGGUGUGCAUGCGUGGCUCGUACCACGUUGGGUCGUUGAUCCUUCCAUGUGAAGAAUUGAAAAGUCCGAUUGCUGGAGUCGACGAGGUUUCAAAUCUACUUGUAUCUGUGAUUGAUGCGCCUGGGUGGGUGCGCCUGUGAACCUGGGUACAAGUGUUGUCGACGAUACAAAAUGCUGUGUUGGGAAUUUCAGAACAUUAUUAUACCUUGUCUGGCAGCGCAGCAAACACUAUACCUCAAAGCCAGACACUAUUUGAAUUGUGCUCUUGUUGUUACUACUGCAAUACUACUGCAUGAAGAUAAAGAUAAGAUAUUCCACCAAAGCAAACGCCAUGAAUUGCUCUACCUCGUAUGUUUGAAUAACUCAGCGACCAUUGUUGAAGCAGGGGGGAAAGAACAAACAGGGUGCAGAACAAACAGACACAGCAGAUUACAAUCAGAUGUGCAAAUAUUAUCCUCGGUUGUUACAAGAUGACAAGAUAUCAAUAUCAAUGUCUUUGUGUGGUGUUUUAGAUCGAUAUGGAACGCAUUGUAUUCAAUACCCAAGGUAUACAGUAUGUUUGCG